UCUGUACAGUCAAGUGUGCCGGCAAAGUCCACCGGGGAUUCCGUUGAAGCUUUUUCUGAUCUUCCGUGGGAGAGAGAGAGAGAGAGAGAGAGAGACUUGGGACUUUAUCUGGGGUUUUCAGAAUCUUUGAUCUUCAACAAAACGGGAAGGAUCCGCCCUAGAGGGAUCGAAAUCGGUUUUUUUGAGAUCCGUAGAAUUAGGGUUUCUUUGUUCAUGUAGUCGACGAGUUUUGUGUAUCGAAGGUUUCAUUUCCAUCUUGUGUUGCUUCUCUGCUUCGAGAUUAGUUAUCUUUGGUGUUGGUUUGAAGUUUGAUGGUUCAGUUGAUGAAUACGGGUAAUCUCCGACCGGAAUCCGAGAUACCGUGUCGGAAUAAGUUUCCGGUGAAAUUGGAGAUUGAAGAUCCCUUGGAUGAAGAGCACGGACCUCUCAACAAGCGAUCCAAGCUCUCACCUUCUCAUCAGCAGCAGUGGAAUUCUGGAAGUGGGGCGUUUGCACCGUUAACGAUACCCCCUUCGCAGUACAAUCCACUUGAUGAGCCAAGCCCAUUGGGUCUGAGAUUGAGGAAGAGCCCUUCGCUUUUGGAUUUAAUUCAAAUUAGGCUAUCUCAUAGUAACAAUGCGUCAAGUGUAACAAAUGCAAAUCUUGACGUGGGGAAUAAGGACAGUAAAGGUGCUGCUGUUCCGGGAGCCACUGACAAGCUCAAGGCUUCCAAUUUUCCUGCUUCGCUUCUAAGAAUUGGAACUUGGGAGAAUGUUUCGAGAUACGAAGGUGAUCUAGUUGCAAAGUGUUAUUUUGCGAAGCAUAAGCUAGUCUGGGAGGUUCUUCAAGGUGGCCUCAAAAGUAAGAUAGAAAUUCAAUGGUCAGAUAUUAUGGCUAUCAAAGCUAACUGCCCGGAAAACGGACCUGGGACAUUAGAUAUAGUGCUGAGCAGACAACCUCUUUUCUUCAAGGAGACCAAUCCGCAGCCUAGGAAGCACACUUUAUGGCAGGCAACUUCAGAUUUUACUGGUGGACAGGCAAGCCUACACAGACGACAUUUUCUUCAGUGCCCACAAGGAUUACUGAACAAGCAUUUUGAAAAGCUUAUCCAGUGUGAUCCUCGUCUGAAUUUGCUGAGCCAACAACCAGAAAUAACGUUAGAUUGUCCAUUCUUUGAAACCAGAGGUUCUGUUUUCAAGGACCCAGAUGAAUCCAAAUGCCAAGGAUUUGAUCCACUGAAUAAUGAAUUUGUAGCCCCCUUCCCUGGGUUCCGGGAUCAAGCAUCACCAUCUGCUAGCCAGUCAUCUACGUCAAAAAGUGAACUUCUGGAUCCUGUUGGUAGAGUACCAGCACCAGAUCAUGCGUCUCUUGAAACUCCUUCACCUAGCUCAGUAAUGGAUACCCGGGCUAUUGAAGAAACUGGAAGCAGUGAAGCUGAGUCGUUAAAAGUCCUUAACCAGUGGGAGCAAUGUAAAGUGCCAGGCCUCCGUCCUUCUAUGUCCAUGAGCGAUCUUGUGAGCCACAUUGGAAAUUGUUUAUCAGAACAGAUGAACUCUGGGAAUCAUUUUUCCUCUGGUGAAGGAUCACAAGGCAAGGACAUGCUGGAGGAGAUUGCCCAGUACUUGCUCAGCGACUCUCAACAGACAUCAGCCUCUGAUGAGAAGUCCCUCAUGUCAAAAGUCAAUUCUCUUUGUUGUCUGCUACAGAAGGAUCCUGCCACAGUUCAAAGCUUGCUUCUUAACAGCGAAAGUGGCCUUGAUGUGCCCAAUGAGGACAAGGAUCGUUUCCCCAACUCCACACCCGACGCGAAAUUUGAGAUUAAGGCCAUGGCUGAUCUUCCAGUGAUUGAAGGGGAAUCUCAUGAUGUGUCGUCUGGCUAUAAUCAAACACCAUCUAUGUCAAGGAAAGACUCCAUUGGGGAUUUGCUGCUUAAUCUCCCGCGCAUUGCAUCUCUGCCUCAAUUCUUGUUCAACAUCUCUGAAGAUGGUGAGAAUUAAGGUAGAUAAUACCCGCAUACCGUCCUCCCCCUCCCCAAAAAAAUUUCCCAGACCUGUGCAAAAUGUAAUGAAAGAUCUGUUUUUUUCUUCCUGCUUUGUUGAUGGAGCAUUUUCAGGUCCAUUGAAGUUUUGGGAUUCGGAGAUUUAUUUUGAUGAUGGAUCCUUUCCUGAUAACUCCCAUAUAAGUGACUGGGCUUUAGGUUCUGUAGUUCAAUGUUAGCUGGAUAUGCUGUAUUUACUUGUAUAAUAAACUAGUAUUCUCUUUGCAA